GGUAAUACUGGCUUCCUCUGAACUCUGCAACCAUGAACGGAAUCGCUGUAUCCGGAGCGCUGCUUCUUUUCGCGCUGUGCUGGCCUGCCACCCGACCCAGCGGGCAGGUGCUCAACUGCCAAGAAGUGCGUUCAUCCUUCCAGUCUCUGUACCCUGGGAUGAAGGGGGCUCCAGAAGCCCCCGUGACAGGUUCGGACCUGCAGGUGUGCCAGCCUAAGGGCCUGACGUGCUGCACGCGUAAGAUGGAGGAGCGCUACCUGAUGACGGCCAAGCAGAGCAUGGAGUCCAACCUGCAGGCGGCCAGUGCCCAGCUCAAGCUGCUCAUCAUACAGAACGCAGCCCUCUUCCAAGAGGCCUUUGACGUCGUUCUGCGCGUGGGCCGCAAUGCCACCCUCCUGAUGCUGCGUGAGGAGUUCCCAGCUCUGGUCACCGGGGGCAGUGUUGCCACGUCCGGAGCCUACAGCGCGGUGGGCCAACUCUUCCAAGAUGUCUCUCUCUACAUCCUGGGCUCGGACGCCCGCGUGGACCACAUGGUGACGGUGUUCUCCUCGCGCCUCUUCCCCCUGGCGUAUCGCCGUCUGCUGGGUGGGGGUGCUACUGCGGUCGCUGGUGGCAGUUCUUCGUCAUCGGCGUUGGUGACGGAGGAGUGUUUGCGGGAGGCGUGGACGAAAGGUCCCGGAGGGGGAGUGUUUGGGUCCUAUCCCAAGCUGCUGAUGACCAGGCUGUCGAGGUCACUGCUGGCCACACGCGUCUUUCUUCAGGCUCUGAACCUGGGCAUCGAGGUGAUCAACACCACACAGCACCUGCGUGCGGGUCGCGAGUGUGGCCGCACCCUGCUGCGCCUCUGGUACUGCCCGCACUGCCAGGGCCUGCUGGACGCCGGCAGCGCCCGCCUGUGCCCGGCGCUGUGCCUGGGCGCCAUGCAGGGCUGCCUGGGGGGCGCGGCCGAGGUGCAGCCCCACUGGCGCAGCUUCGUGGACGGGCUGGGCCGCCUGGUGGAGGGCAUGCGGGGGGAGCAGGACGUGGAGGCCGUGGCCCUGGGGAUACCGGCGCUGGUCAGGAGUGCACUCAGGCACGCGCUGGCCAACAAGAACCGCAUCGCAACGGUGGUGAGCGGUGUGUGUGCGAAGGCCCCUGCGAAGCGUGUGUCUCGCUCUGUCAUCGCUCCAGCCCCGCGCCCCCCUAGAGCUGUCCCCGUCAUACGCCACCACCCACAACCCUUAGACUUCGACCCAGAGGAGACCCUGUCUGGCCGACGCAGGAAGUUCAUCUCUGGCCUGAGAGGCUUCAGCUCCUUCUACAGUGGUCUCGGUGAGGCUCUGUGCAGUCGCGAGCCGGCAGCCCUCAACGACUCCCUCUGCUGGAACGGACAGGAAAUGACAGACAAGUUCCCUGGUCCUGGCCUGAAGAAGUCCUCUCACGGCUCUGAGUCCCGGAACAGCAACAAGCCACCAGAGCCCGUCAUCAGCCAGAUCAUAGACAAACUCAAACACAUCAACCAGCUGCUGCGCAUGGUGACAGUGUCAGAGAAGCGUUGGCGUGCGCGUCCUGGAGGGGGUGCCGUGAGGCGCGAUCGUGACGGGCAAGGGGAUGGCGUGGGGGGUGCGGCGGGGGACACGGAGGGCCUGUCCAGCGGGGACUGUGGGGACGACGAGGACGACUGCUCCGCCGCCUCAGGGCUCGGCCUGCCCCCACAGCACAAACUGCUGCGCAUCUUCUCAGAUGACCUGGCCAUGGACGGCUUCACGUACAAGGAGCUGCUGUUGACUCCGCGGCUGGCCACUGACUCCCACUCCUCCCGCGGCGUGGGCCCGUCGGUGCGAGGGGGGGCAGGGCGCGUGUGUGGCCUCAGCCCGGCUCUCCUUCUCCUGCCACUGCUCCUGCUCCUGCUGCCCCUGAUGGCCACCACCACCACCACCACCUCGACCCUCAUCCAUCUUCAGCCACCACAGUGACCAGCCCAGCAACCCCGCCACAGCAUUCCU